GGGACGAGGUGACUGACUGUGCAGAAUACAGACUGCAAUGCUGUCAGGAACCUGCAAAACAAGAAGGGAUGGAAUUCUCAGACAUCUACCAGGGAAGCACAGUUCCCUACAGGUUGAGGAACACCAAGCCCGAUACACCAUAUACAUUCCGCGUGGCCGUGCGAGCAGAAGGCGAGAAAACCUGGAGCUUGUGGAGUGCCUGUCACGUUACCAUGACCAUGCUCGGUCACUAUGAGUGGGAAACCUGUAAACGACCACACUAUGCUGUCAGCGAUCAGAAUAAGCUGGCUUCAAAACUCUCUGCACAGACACAGUGCAUUUUCUCACGAGAUCGCACCUACACUUGUGGCCAACUCCUCAUAUUCAGGAUCGUAGAGCAAGGCAAACCGCACAUGAGUGAUGGUGUCGGAUUAGUUGUGCAGCCCAGGCAGGCGAACGAGGAUGAAGAAAUGACCAUCAACAGUCUGAUGGGUAACGGUGCUUUCUGCGUGAGCAGCUCAGGCCAAGUCUACAUCAAUGGCAAGGAGAUGGUGACACGCUUUCCCACCCUGACUGCUGGCAUGAACAUCAUGUACCACACAGAGGUGCUGCCCUCUGUCGACAAGGUGCGAGUCAGCGUCGAGGUGGCGGAGAAACAAGUGACGUUCGACUGGGUGACCGACUUCAACCGAGGUAAGCUGGAUGAGAAGAAGCUCUUCUUUGGCGCCUGUUUCAAGUAUCCCGGAUGGAAGCUGUCUGUUCAGUAGCAAUAGGGAACGACUGAAACGUGCAUGUGUCAAUACUAAUGGUCUUAUUCCAAUGGGUGCCCUGAACAAAUCAGCAGAUUAAUUGACAUCUGAUUGCUAACUAGGGAGUUCGUGUACGGAAGCAGUAGAGGCAUUGACCUGGCCUCGCAUGCCCGCACGUGCAUAAUAUAGUGUGCACUUUUUGUCAAUAUACUGCAUAUAUCUAUGCAUAACCUGCGUAAAAAUAUGAUACCUUGAGAUAAUUUUUCAUCUGAAAUUCGGAAAGAAACUCACAAAUAGUUUCCAUUAGAUCCUGCUCGUUUAGCUCAUGAAUGCAUAAUAUCAUGCAAGCAGUUUUGCAUACUGGAUGGUUAACUAGACAGUAGGCACAGAUGCUCUCAUACCUCGUAAAGACCAAUGAAUGACAGCAAUAAUUAGGCAUUGUAGCACACUAAGAAGUAAUUAUAACUCGAGUAAUGCUCAUGGUUGCUGUCAUAGAGAUCAGAGUUUGAUGCUAAUAUAAGUUGGCAGGUACCGGGGGCAAAGUUGCCUGUGUUUGAUGGUAAUAGAUGUAUAAUUUAGAUUUUAGUAGAGGUGGCCGGAUAUACAAUUUGCUCAAUACAUGUUGCCACAUUCCUUCCUAUCGAUGUUGUACUCUUCUCUCAGAAAAUAUUGAAUUUUCUGUAUUUUCUGUAGUUCGCCGUUUGGAAACUAACAUGAGGCAAUCUCCACAACGUCGUGUUAGUAACAGUUGUAGCCAGCUGUGAAAUGUCAGAAAUUAACAAUGCCCAAUGAUAUUGUAUACCUCAUCAUGUGCUAUGACAUGUGACAUGCCGAUGACGGUUUAGCUUGGCAGUAGUAAUGUGACAUUGUGACAAUGGUUUGAUGUUGUCACUUUUUCAGAAUUAUUGCGUGAUGGCAGCCAUAAGCCAUUUCAAUUGAUUCCCUCAUGGCCCUGUCACACCUUGACGACUUACCAACGAAAGCCAGCGUAUACUGACGUAUGAAAAAUUUGGUGAAUACGCUGGCGUACGUCAAAUAAGUUAUGGGUAAGCUUUGUAUAAG